AUGUCCAAGGUAGAAAUGGCAAAAGAUGGAAAUGGCAACACCAGUGACACACCCAAUACGUGGUUUGGACAGUGCCAGUACACAGCAGAUGAGUAUCAGGCUGUUCAGGCUGCUCUGCGGCAGAGGCUGGGUCCAGAAUACAUCAGUAGCCGACAAGCCGGAGGAGGACAGAAGGUUUGCUACAUAGAGGGGCACAGAGUCAUCAGCCUGGCCAAUGAAAUGUUUGGAUACAAUGGCUGGGCUCAUUCUGUCACUCAGCAGAACGUUGAUUUUGUUGAUCUAAAUAAUGGCAAAUUCUAUGUGGGUGUUUGUGCCUUUGUGAAAGUUCAACUUAAAGAUGGGGCUUACCAUGAAGAUGUUGGCUACGGAGUAAGUGAAGGCUUGAAAUCUAAGGCCUUGUCCCUUGAAAAAGCAAGGAAAGAGGCUGUCACAGAUGGUUUGAAGAGGGCACUGAAGUGCUUUGGUAAUGCUCUUGGGAACUGUAUUUUGGAUAAAGACUACUUGCGCUCAGUGAAUAAGCUCCCCCGUCAG